GCCAGGGUGCACCGCGCUAACUUCCGGAACUCUGAACGAGGGGAAACAGGAGGAGCGUUUGGCGACCAUGACAAAGCUGACGGACUGCCUCCUGCCCCUGGGUCUACUGGCCACAGUCUGGGCCGGCCUCGUCUUCAACCCGCUGGGCCUGGGCCUGCCCAAGCCCGGCCCUGAGCUCCUGUGGCCCCUGCCUGCCUACCUGCUGGUCUCCUUCGCCUGCUAUUCCCUGGCCACCGUGGGCUUCCGCCUGGCCACCUUCAACGACUGCCCAGACGCCGCCGCUGAGCUCCAACGCCAGAUCCACGAGGCGAGGAGGGAGCUUGCCGCCCGAGGCUUCCGCUUCCCGGAGCCCUCGGGCUUGGCCUAGGGGGAGGACGCUGGACCCUCUCCCUGGCAUAAUGCACGGCCAGAGAGAACCUCUGUCCUCCGUUCAAUUGUUUUUUAAUUUAAAAAAUAGACUUUAUUCAUGUAAAAAAAAUACAAACUUCAAAAACUUUACAUAUGUGAUCAAUGCAUUCAGGAGUGUUAACUUCAAAGAGAAAAAGUAAAAGGAAAAAAUAGCCGUGGAAUGAUCGGGGCUGAAAUAUUAUGGACAUUGAAGAACAACACACGCAAACUGCUGGAGAAACUCAGCAGAUCAGGUAGCAUUAAUGGAGAGGAAUAAACAGUCGACAUUUCAGCCAAGUCCCUUCAUCAGGACCGGAAAGGAAGGGGGCAGAAUCCAUAAUUUUCAGUAUAGAUUUCCAGCAUCCACAGAAUCACUUCUGUUACGGAGAUUUACCGGGAUGUUGUCUGAACUAGAGGAAACAUCUUGUCGUGCUAGGCUGAGUGAGCUAGGGUUUUUCUGUUUGGAGUGAGAGGGAGAUGAGAAGGCACUUGAUGGAGGUGCACAAGAUGAUAUGAGGCGUGGAUGAUGUGGACAGCCAGAGAUCUUUCCCCAGGGCGGAAUAGCGAACAUGAGAGGGCAUCAUUUUAAGGUGAUUGGAGGAAAGUAUAGGGGGGGAUGUCCGAGCUAAGUUUUAAACACAGUGGUAGAGGCAACUACAUUAAGAAACCCUUAGAUAGGCACGUGGAUGAUAGAAAAAUGGAGGGUUACGUAGGAGGGAAAAGUUAGCUCUUGGAGUAGGUUAAAAGGUCAGCACAAGGGCCUGUACUGUGCUGUAAUAUUCCAUGUAACACAACACCAGUGUCCCCUUGUUGUGCUUGUAUCUCCUCCCUCACCACUGCUCAGGGCCCCAGACGACUGAGGUGGUGCUUCACGUGCUAGUCUGUCAGGGUCAUCUGUUGUAUUCAAUGUUCCCAGAGAGGCUGCCUCUUCUUCGGUUAUCCCUGAUGAAGAUCGGGAGGCUGCUUUGUCAAGCACAUUCGCUUUGUCCGCCACAAAAAGCUGGAUCUCCCGGUGGCCAUCCAUCUCAGUUCAACUUCACAUUCCCGUUCUGAUGUGUCUGCCCAUGGUCUCCACGAUUCGGCCCGACUCUGGUUGGACAAGCAACACCUGGGUAGCCUCCAGCCUGAUGGCAUGAACAUCGAUUUCUCCAACUUCCAGCAAUUACUAACCCCUUCCCUCCUCUCUCUUUUUCCAUUCCCCAUUCUGGUUCCUCUCUCACCCCUUCUCUUCUCCUCGCCUCGCCUGCUUAUCGGAUUUCUCCUUCUUCAGCCCUUUACUCUUCCACCUAUCACCUCCCAGCUUCUUUCUUCAUCCCUACACCUUCCGACCUUUCCCCCACCCAAUACCUGCCAGCUUGUACUCCUUCCCCUUCCACUGCCUCCUUAUUCUUUCUUCUGCUCCCCUCCUUUCCAGUCCUGAUGAAGAGACUCAGCCUGAAGCAUUGACUGUUCAUUCCCUCCAGUGUCCAGCGGUCCCGGAGUACCUCUUUGGUAUCUGAUGGGUAGCAGGUGUUCUUCCUCCAGUAAUACCCAGACACUAACAUUUCCCUGGAAAAUCACCGAGCAGUCAACUGGAGCAGAGCCCUUUGAUGUCUGUCCCCAGGACCCACAGAGAGCUAACUUGGUCAACCCUAGUUCAAGAAGGCUGAGCCAGGCUAAAACAAGGUCAAGGCCGGGGGCGAAAGACGAACCGGUAUAAGGCUCACCACACUGCGAGGUUUCCUCGCCUCAGGGCUGAACUGUGGCCUGCAGCCGUCGGGCUCCUGGACCGGCUUCACUCACCUCGGGGUUGAACUGGCUCGAGCUGUGGGCUCACUCUCCGGGACUUUGCAGUGUGAUAUUUGUUUACUUUUUUAUUGUUUGCAUGAGUUGUUCUUUUUUAUGCACAUUGGGAGUUUGACAGUCUGUAUCUUUUUUAAUGUGUUCUAUUGGUUUCUUUGUCUUGUGGCCGUCUGCAAGAAGACAAAUCUCAAGGCUGUUUCCAGUAUACGUACUUUGAUAAUAGAUGUACUUUGCAGCCGUGCUAUCUGCCCAGCUCAUUGCUCAGACAGCUUUUUGUUUGGGUUCAUAGGGAUGGUUUUCAAAGUUUAAAGUAAAUUUAUUAUCAAAGUACAAUUUGUCACAAAAUACUACCCUGAGAUUCAUUUCCUUGCAGGCUUGCAUGGUAGAACAAAGAAAAAAGACUACACCCAAGGUCUGACUGUGCAAAUACAAAGAGGAGGAAGUAUUAAAUAACACUGAGAACAUGAGUUGUUGAGUCCUUGAAAGUGGGU